AUGAUUAAGAGAGGACCAACACGAAUUGAAAUGAAUCUUGAGGAUCUCAAAGAAUUUGAUGCUGUAAAAAAAGAAAUUGAAAAGAAGAAAAAAGAAAAAGAGCCUGUGGGGGCGGACAGUGUUUCAGAUAGCAAGACUAGACAAAAGGAGAUACAGGAAAGAAUUGGAUACGAUCCAAAGACUGUUCCAUCAACGUCCAGUAGAAUCGGGGAACUCCGUGGCGGAGUAUGAAAUGCAUAUCACAGCAAUAGUUACAGACUCUCACUGCCAGUGCCAAUUGGUGACUGUUUCAGACACUUUCCAACAGAGAUGACUGAGGGGUGCUAUCGUUUUGCUAGUGUGGAUUGGCAACUGUUACUAAUAUUCUCUCCGCUGAUUGAUGGAGACUGUAAUAAGAUUUUUAUCAUUCUCAUUUUCUCACAAGCUUCAAGCUUCAGUCACAUUACACCUAGGUGAUUUCAUUUCAGAAACAUUCAUACACUACAUGUUAUGAAUUAUAACUGAAUAAACAAAUAUUUGCA